AUGUCUUCUAAUCCAUUCAACUUUCAGGUUCUCCUCAGUGAUAAGAAAUACGCGUGUGAAACAUGCAUAAAAGGGCAUCGCUCAUCUGCAUGUAAACACACCGAUCGUCCCCUUUUCGAAAUUAAGAAAAAAGGUCGUCCAGUCACUCAGUGUGAGCACUGUAGAGAAUUACGCAAAACAAAACAAGUACACGUCAAAUGUUCAUGUGGAUCUCAAGAUCAAGGCGCCCCUGGCGCCCACGAGGCGUCCCACAGCAAGAAGGGGACACCGAAGUUGCCGGUUACUGCUGCGUUUCCUCAUGGCCUUCCUGAGGCCCUUGAAACGCUAGCUACUUUGCUGCCGUCAUCGGACGACUCAGACCAUAGCGGUGAAACCUCUCCAACUGGCUGUAGAUGUAGCUCCAGUGGCUCGUGCAACUGCUGUGUCCCUCGCAAGCCUGCCACCCGUCGUCGCUUCUCUGGCGCAGAGCCUCCUAAACGAGACAAACAUCAUUUAGACGCCUCAAAACACAAUCAUGACACCACAUCUCCUCCUCUUUCAUCUCAUGUCUUAGCGCGCAUUGCUGAGCUUCGUCCAGUACUUCCAAGACCGACUCACAGGCAACUCCCUCUUGAUGGCUCUUUGCAUGAUCCAUCUUCAAGCGUUCCUCACGGUCAUAGCAUCCGCCAUCACAAUUACGACUACAGCCCUUACGGUCGCGCUUACGGGUAUACUCACUCAGAUCACCUUCACGAUCAAACAGGGUCGCCGUUGAAUGGUGAUCCCCACACGUUUGCUGGGCGUCCUGUUUCAUCCCCACAGCCAACUCUGGGAAGUCAGCCGGUACCAGAUGCCUGGUCGUCUGUUGGGGCCUUCCCCUCUGUAUGUGCCUGUGGUGACUCGUGCAUGUGUCCUGGAUGUACCUUGCAUAACAAUCCAUCAAUCACUGGAGCUGCCUAUGCCUCAUGCACCAACCCGUCCACCUGCGCCUUCUGCCUCGAUUGCACCAUAUUGUCCAUCCCAGCAGGCAUCCCACCCCCUAACAUUGACUCUUCCUCUGAUCCUUCGCAAUCACAAGAAUUCGAUGAAUGGCUCAGACAAGUCGCACUAAGCCCUGGCGCCUCAAAUCCGCAGCCGAACUUCAACCCGUAUGAAUUGUCCGUGCCGCAAACCCAACCCUAUCAAACCGGAAGACCGCGGAUGCCUGAGAAUCCGUCGAAUCCGUCCCGAUCGGUAGAGCGUUGCGGUGGGCAGUGUAAAUGCCCUCGGAAUUCUUGUACCUGCCUUCCGGAUUGUUGUGGAUGCUGUCAGGGGUGCCAGUGUGAUAACCACUGUAAUGAUGGACUGUCUCGAACGACGUUUGCGGUAUCUGGUGAACGGGGUUCGUGUUGCAGAAAGGCUGAGUCAAAUACGAGCACUCCUUCAGCCGGGAGGCGCCUCCCUGAUUUUAUGGCUAUGACGAAUAUGCGCGACCAGUUGUCUGCGUCUGGGGUGGGCGCUGGUAGUCAAGGGUACUAUGGUCAGCAGGGAGCAUUCCUGGAUUACUCCGAGACUCCAAGUCGUUCAUCCUCUGGCUCGUCCCUGUCGAGUCGUAUGCCUUCGAGACCUCCGUCCGGACCGGUGAGUACCGGAGGUCUCCUGGUCACAAACUUCGACUGA